CAUCGAAGCAUAUUGCUGCUUCUGGAUCUCGCAUUCGCUUCAUCAACGUAUUACUGAGACAUGUUCCUUGUGACUUGGGACUUUUAUAAUGUGGCAGUGGCUGGACCACCUUUGUAGGAAGAACAGUUUAUAUAUAAACCACGCGCCCUUGAUACUUGAUGUUGUUCUUCUGACUCUGGCAGUCAAUUAAUUGAGUUGAACGACUUAACCAACCACAAGAUGAAGAAAUCGGAAUUCCGUUCCAAAAUGGAGCCAACUUCCCGGCCUCUGACAUUUGCCUCAACAGCUGGGAUGCUUUUCAUGCUCAAAGACUGCUUCAAACCUCAAACUACAGUAGUCGUUGGGUCGUUCAUCCAACUUGCCCUCUGUGCUGUUCUUCCUCUCCGUUGGGCGGUCGUACCACCCUUGGCCGUCUUGUUCAACUCCAUUGUCACAACCACGAUCCAACUUUAUAGCACAAAACCCAAUGAGUAUAAUAAGAAUGUCGUACCAGGUCGUGCCACCGCACAGCUCCCUUUCUCUACUGGAUCCUUUGGUUCAACUCCCGGAGCAAGCCCCGUUGUAGUCUUUCAUCUCGGAAUCCAGGCCAACCACCCUCUCGGUCUCGCAGCACCAGGCAUGGAGCAAAUUAGCAAGUACUUCAUGGCUAUGCAUAAUGAUCUUGCCUCCAAACGAGACGAAUAUGGUAUGCUGAGCUCCUCAACAUGGCGCGGAGAUGAAAAGAGCAGCAAUAACACCCUUCUUCUGAUCUACUACUUUCGUGACAUAGAGAGUCUGCACCGCUUCGCACAUGACGAAUUACACCGGAAGGCAUGGGACUACGUCAAUAAGUCUAAGCUCAAGCAUGUGGGGAUCUUUCACGAAACGUUUAACGUGCCGGCUCGCGAGUAUGAGAACGUCUAUGUUAAUUGUCAUCCGGUACUGAUGGGCCAUGCGACGGUGAAGACGACAGAAGGGGGCGAGGAAGAGAAAAGGUGGAUUAACUCCCUUGUCAGUGCAGAUACUCCCCUUUUGAAGACGCAAUAUGCAAGGAUGUCCAGGGACGAGCAUGGUAGAUUGAAGGACACGGAAUAGUGUAAAAUAGUCCUGUUUCUUGGUUUGGAGUUUGAGCAUUAAAUGGAUGGAGAUACUGAGUUCGAUCUGGAUCAUCUACUGAUAAGGUUGUUUUUAACCAUAAGAUCUUAAAUGAAAAGGGCUGAAUGAACGGCAUAUUUACACCAAGAAUCGAUAACCAUUACUCAAAGGUUCCUUUGGAUCUGAAACUCAA